GGGGUGUUUUGACAAGUCAAUUAACACCGACUACAUGCAAUUAAAUUCAUUAGAAUGUCUUUAUGGAAUAAAUUCCGGUUUUCAUUUCAGAUGAGCAAAAGUAAUUCGUCGUGUUGAACAUGACGUCCUCUUCAUGGAAAGAAUUAUUUCCAUCAAAAUUGAGCUUUAUUAUAUUUGUUCUGUACAUACUCCUUUUUGUAAACCAAGGAAUUUUGGUAACAUCCUCACAGAAAUCAGAUAAUCAGUAUGACUACAACAUUGUCACUGUAGUUUUGUUCACAGAAAUUUUGAAGUUGGCUCUUUCAUCUUUCCUCUACUGUAAAGAGCAUUCUACAAAGCAAUUGGUGAUAGAAAUAGUUAAAAAUAAAAACGUACUUUUACUUUAUUUUGUUCCUGCACUGUUAUAUUGUUUCUACAACAAUUUGGCUUUUGUAAAUCUGUCUUCAUUUGACCCGACAACUUAUUAUCUUCUGCUACAAUUUCGUGUGGUUAUAACAGGAAUUUUGUUCCAGAUAAUUUUUAGGAAAACUUUGAGCAAGAAACAAUGGGUUUCUUUGUUGAUAUUAACGUUUGGCUGUAUGUUGAAGCAAAUAAACUUCUCGCAAGACCCAGCAAAACCUGAAGAACAUCACAAAUCGUCUUCGAUAACAUUGGGGAUAGAUGCCUCAUUUAUUUUGAUUCAAAUAGUCUGUUCCUGCCUGGCUGGAGUUUAUAAUGAAUACCUCUUGAAGAGGCAAGGUGCAGAUGUGAAUAUUUUUGUACAGAAUGUAUUUAUGUACUUGGACUCUAUUGUUUGUAAUGUUCUCGUCUUGGGUUUCACUGGCAAAAUAAGAGAAGCCUUCGUUUAUAAAAACGUCGUCAAAGUAUUCCACUACAAAGUAUUAGUUGUCAUAUUGAACAAUGCCGCGAUAGGGAUUGUGACAAGUUUCUUUCUGAAAACUUUGAAUUCUAUCUUGAAAACCUUUGCCAGUGCUCUGGAACUAGUCCUGACCGCGAUCCUGAGCUACUUAUUUUUUAGCAUUCCUAUACACUUGAACACAGUAUUAGCCAUAGGAACUGUUAUGUUUGCUAUUUAUAUGUAUUCGCAAAACCCUGUUCAAAAUUCACCCAAGACAGUAGGCAAAUGUACAGAAGAGGAAGAGUUGAUAGAGGAUGUAUGAUGAAUUUUUAGUAGUCACCAAAGUGACUUUCAGAGCUUUCAAGAGAUCUAGUCAUUGAACAUAGUUAUUUCCAAAGGUUUUUAGUGUGGAAACAUCUGUGUGAGAAUAGGAAGAGUUACAAAGAAGACGGCACAAAUUUCUGAACUAGUUAUUAUGAAUCCAAAACAAGUACUCUUCCCAAUCACCAGAAAUGUGAUGCGUGAUUCACUACCCAAGUUGGCGUUUUCAGGUGAUGAAGAAAACUAACUCCUAACUCUAAAAACUGAUCUCUAUUUAUAUAUAACAGGUUAUACUUUUGCUUUUCGAUACACAUUGUUUUCAGGUAGAAUCCGUUAGUGCAUCCUCAGUUUAUAUAAAAGGGCAAUAAAGUUGAAUAUUUACCAAGAUUAUUCCUAAAUUUACGUUUCCUAAUUAACUUAUCUACAAUAUCUUCGUAAGUAUUUGACUUUUCAAAAAGACAGAUUCGAAGUUUAUCGUCCUUUCUUAUAAACCAACUUACAACAACAACUUAAUGCAUUAGAUGGUAUUUUCAAAAAAUUGAAUGUUAAAGGAGCCUUCAAAAUCUCUUGUUCACUUCAACAAAUGUUAAGUAUCCCUAAAAACAUUCAAAGACCAGAAAAAUCCAGUGUCGCUUCGAGAACGGCCAUAGAAUGAAUGAUAAUUGUCUGAAAUUGUUGCAAAAGUCUGGAAUUAGCAAAGUGUGGCAUAAUAACUAUGAACAGUGACAAAUACUUUAACGAAAAAAUGCUGUUGCAAAUUUCAAUCUGACAUCAUAGAUGUAGCCUCCUGAAGAGGUUACAUCUAAUCUAUGUAGCCUCUUUCCGCGUCGGAAAGAAAAUUAAAGUUCUGGUGAUUGGGAAAAGUGCUUGUUUUUGAAUUUAUUCUAUGCCACAGGUUCCAGUUUAAUUUUUUAUUGAUGUAUUUAGUAUAAAUUUAAAGCUGUCAAAGUAUCUAAUAAGAAGAAAAGAAAAAUGAAACUAUGUUUUAACCACUUUUAUUUGUAACUAAUGUUACUGCAGUUUCGUUCUAUAAGGACAUUUUCAAACUCAUACAAUUGUAUUUUAUAAGCUUGAAAAUAUCCGUAUAGGAUGAAACUGUUAGUUACAAAUUAAAGUGGUAUAAAAAACAUAGAAAGUUUCAUUUCUCUUUUCUUCAUUAUGAUUUCCUACCACGUAGUAACGGCUACAUCCAUCAAUGUAUCUGAUAACAUUUUUUUAAUGAAACUCAUCAAUCGAUAUAUCCUUCAAAAUAUUUUUUAUGCCGUCGCAUUUGCCAAAAUGAUUUCUGUCCGAAAGAAAGUAUCAGAAUGGCUAUUUUUUAAAUGAACUAAGUACUUGGGAAAUUGAAAAUUUUACAACACAUACAUUCAUUGAGGCUUUUUGAUCCAGACACCUUCAAAGGUUUAUAUGAAGGUAACAUAUUCAAAUAACAUUAUUGUGAGAUUUUCGCUAAACAGUUUUACAAAAAUGCAAUACGUGUUUCGCCAUACAAUGGCUUCUUUGGGCGUGUCUUUACUCACCCGACACGUGUUGCGUGUUUGUAAAACUAUCGAGUGAAAAUCUCACAAUUAAGUGUUUUUUAAAUACGUUAGUAUCGGCCAAUUCCAUCAUAUAUUGUAUGAAAGUAUUAUGUUAUAAACCCCAAACUUAUUCGAUUUCAAAGACCAACCCCUAUACAAAUUAAUUUAUUGGCAAAAUUUGGUUCAUCCACCCAAAACAGUUGAUUUAUGACUAAUUAUUGUUGGUUAAUUCAAUUGAAAAGUAUGGUGGUUGGAAACUGAAUGAUCAUGCCAAAGAAUAUGUGAUAACCUGUAGGAAAGGUGCAUCAUACGAGGAAAAUGUUUAGAAAACUGUUAAACAGUAUUACUUUCCUGUAUGAAAAACUAGUCGAAUGAGUAAAUAUAUUGUAUAUGACAAACGCUUCGACAGAAAAACAUAAUUUAGGUUUUAACUAUGACAUGGACUUCGUAUUCUACAAUCCUUAAAAUAUCAAUAAAUGAUGAAUAUGAAUCACGAACACAUUCAAUGUAGUGUAGGAUGCAUGCUUACAUCCUUAAAGACUAAACAUAAAUUCAUGUUUUUUUUUCAGAAAAUGUAAAUUUAAUUCCUUUUAAUAGAUUAUUAAGUUAGGUUAAUAUCAAAUCAUCACCUGGUAUCUUAGGUUCUAUAUUUAUUUUCUGUAUAAUAUUGACACACUGAUUGUUUUGAUGAUUUUCUAAUAGUUUUAUAUACGAGUUUUGAACAAUUCUCUCAUAAAUUUUUAAUUCUCUAUGGAAUAGCUUCAUGGGAGAAAGACGAUGUGUUCACCCCCUGGGUUGUUGAAGUCAUUCAUUGAAAUAUUUCUAAAAAUUGUGAUAAAGAAGGCAAGUAAAUCAGGAAUAUUUCCUAAUAAUCAACGAGUGGUAUGGACCAGUGGAUUUUUGGACAAUUACUAACUUGCCGUGCAGUUACAGUGAUCGAUACAUGCCAUUAGUAUAACUAACAAAUUUGUAUAAAACAAUGAGUAGGUAUAUUGGAAACUUUAAAUAUAGAAUAUAAUACCGAAAUAAAUACAAGUUACAUUUUA